GUCACUUUUUCCCGAUCUCACAGUUUGUACUUUUUUUUAAACUUUUUUUAGUGAAGCAGGUCGUGUGAAUGUGAGACAGCUUUUUGUACAUAAGUGCCGAGUACGAGCACUUAAGGGCCGUCUUCUUCUUCGGAGAGCAACGAAAGGGUUAAGCGCGACUGCACUCCACCCCCCCCCCCACCUUUUCCCCUUCCUCCACUUUGGUGGUUUUAGUUGAGGUGCAGGCGGCCCGCAGCCUUUUACAACACAGCUUUACGCCCAUGUGAACUGCGAUUCCUUUCUUUCAGAAUUUGAACCGGGACGGCAGAUAUUUUUUGCAGACUUUUAGUGUGGUUUUUUUUGUUUUUGCUUUGUCGCCCAGUUAGGAUAUGCCGAGAGGCGGAGGCACAUUUUGGUCUUCUCUCCUCCUCUUCCUCGAGUUGGGAGCUUGACGCAGCCUUAUCAUGAAGUGAAGUAACAGGAAGUGGACCACCUGAAUCGCCAUGACGUCACGCAUCCAUAUGACCCGUCUCAAGAAUCUUUAAGGAACAAACUUGCGGAAACAAUUGAAGAGGCAAAGACGAGCUUUGAUUUCUUUCAUUUUUUUCUUCUGAAAAAAAAAAAAAAAAAAAAAACCUCCCCGUUUUUUUUUUUUUUUUUUUUUUAAUUAUUUUUUCCUGCCACACCGGAGUUCGGAAUACCACCGCUACCAUGCAGACCUCGUCGUUGCGCCGCCAGAUGAAAAAUGUGGUCAACAACUACACGGAGGCGGAGAUCAAGGUGCGCGAGGCAACCUCCAACGACCCGUGGGGGGCCUCCGGCUCGCUGAUGGCCGAGAUCGCCGACCUGACCUACAGCAUGGUGGCCUUCACCGAGAUCAUGGGCAUGAUCUGGAGACGGCUCAACGACCACGGCAAGAACUGGCGCCACGUUUACAAGGCGCUGGCCCUGCUGGACUACCUGAUCAAGACGGGCUCGGACCGCGUGGCGCAGGAGUGCCGGGACAACAUCUACUCCAUUCAGACCCUGAAGGACUUCCAGUACAUAGACCGCGACGGACAGGACCAGGGUAUCCACAUCCGCGAGAAGGCCAAGAAACUGGUCGCUCUGCUGAAAGACCCGGAAAAGCUGAAAAAGGACCGGGCCCAGGCGCUGAAGACCAAGUCGCGCAUGGUGGGGGCCUACGGCGAAUACGGGGAGCUCCCUCCGCCGUACCCGGGUGCCCACGCAGCCCACUACGGGACGUACGGCUCCAGAAGUUCUCCUUCGUCUCUCCAGUCCUCCUCUUCCUCGUCGAAGCUGGCGCCGGACUUGGAGCAAGCUCGGCCCACCACCACGGGGGAGGAGGAGCUCCAGUUGCAGCUGGCGCUGGCCAUGAGCCGGGAGGAGAGUGAAAAGCCGACCACGACAACAGUGGUUCUGGAUGAAAAGACCGCGAUGCAGCUCGCUGUGAGCAUCAGCAACGAGGUCGCCAAGAAGCAGUCCGUCAAGCGAACGCCCACCAAGCUGGAUAUGGAUGAGGACUCUCAGCUCCGCUUGGCGCUGAACAUGAGCAAGGAGGCGCACCAGCAGGAGCAACUGGGUCGCCAGGGAGACGAGUCAAUGCUCAAGAAAGCUUUGGAGGAGAGCAAACGCGAGAUGGCGACUAAAGGCGGGACCGCCUUCAUGGACCUGGUGGAUGUUUUCGCAGUGCCCAAAGAGCCCCCUCCCAGCGAAAACGUCUGGAACAAAACUCCGUUCCGGGGGUCCGCUCGUGCGGGAGCCACGGACCCUUGGGACCCCUUGGACGGAAGCAGCGGCUCGUCCAGGGUGGAUCCUCCCUGGAUGGCGCCGCCCGCCUCCAGCAGCCCGCCGCCGCCCUGGGAGCCCGGCCCGCUCCCGGUCAACCCUUGGGACCCCCCGCCUGCCUCUGCCUCGUCCAACCCGUGGGCCCCAGGGUCGUCCGCCGCGGAUCCUUUCACAACACCCAAAAAGUCUCCUCUCCGAGCUAUCAGCCCCUCAGAUGACGAUCUGUUCGACGAGGCCAUGGACGGAGGGAAGCUCAACGGGCAGAGGGAAGGCAGCCCCGAAAUGUUCGACUUGUACCAGCUGGGCCAGAGCCUGGCGGACCCCGACCCCCGCACGCUGCACACCCCCGAGUCCUUCCUGGGCCCCGCCGCCGCUUCCCUGGUCAACCUGGACGUUCUGAUCCCUGCCGGCGCGCAAGCCAAGCCCGCCAAUCCUUUUCUAUCAGGUCCUUCCGCCGCCCUCAACCCGUUCCAGCCGGAGCCGGCCAGAGCGACUGCGGGCCUGCCGGGCUCGGGCCCGCCGCAGCCUUCCCUGCCCUACAGCGCCUCCCUGCCUCUGCCCCCGCCCGCCGGCCAGCAGCCGACCAGCCUCCCGUCGUCCUUCACCCACCCGACCCGCGCCGGCGGCCUGGAGCUGCCCCAGCCUCUGUUGCCCCUCUCCACGGGCGGCGCCCCGGCGUCGCAGCCCGCGCUCAAUAAUCAGAACCCUUUCCUAUGAGGAACAAUACAACUAUAGUCGCAAAAGGGAAAAAUGAACUGCAGCCCUCCUGAGGAGUCGAGUGACAUUCCCGCCCUGAUUUUUUUUUUUUUCUUUUUUCCAAUUCCUACAUUGUGGCAUAACAAGCUAACGGAUGCAGUAACAGGUUAGAAAUGAUGUCAUGUAAAUCGCUAAUUGGCGAAGGUGUCGAAAAAGUGUGUUGUUGCACUUUUUGGCUUUGACUUCCACUCAAACGCGUUGCGCUUUUGUCUCGUCAACAAUCCCGUUGCACACUCAGCUGUUUGUGGCACCGCCUGCUGCCGCCGUUGUUGUUCGACACUAUGGACUCAAAACAGCACGGUCACUUUUGGAAUUGGAAUUGGAAUUAGAAGGUCACGUAGUUCGCGUGGGCUGAAAGUGCUUCGCGUGUUAUUCUAAAUAACAAAUUAGAAGGGUGGAAGUGAAGCACUCCGUCAAUGACUUCUACUUGAUUAUCGAUACUUAAUUUACUGAAAUAGUCGCCGACCCUGAAAAAUAGAUGCGAAUAAUCAGUUAGAAAUACAAAGACCGUAGCUGGCAUUAUUUGAGUUCCGAGGUGCUCACGAGGAAACGCGAUUCCGGCUACUGGCUAACUGGCUUACCCAUUUAGAACUCUGUUGCUAACCAGAACAGCAGCAGCCACUGCAUCCUUGGCAAAUUUGUUUUUGUUAAGAAAGUAAAACUCAUAUUAAGGCUACCUGGUUAGCGGGAGCCUAUUUGGAACUCUGUUGCCAACACGCUUGCUCACCAAAACAGCAGCAUGGAAAGAUUAUUUCCACUUCUUCAUUAAAGUCUGGAGUCUUACCUCA